AUGAUCUUGCUCCUCUUCUUGUUCAGUCUGGCUCUGGUUCUGACUGCUGUGUCUUCUUCAGAUGACCACAGAGUUCAACUACUGCAUGGAAGCUGUCCCCCGUUCUGGUACAGCUUCAAUGGCCGCUGCUACAAAUAUGUGGCCACACACAUGAGCUGGGCUGAUGCAGAGCUCUACUGUGUGUCACAGCGAGCCAACCUGGUGUCUAUCCACAGCAGGGAGGAAGAGGAGUUUGUUAAAUCUUUGAUUAAGAACUUUGACCAUGCUGAGCGAUGGACCUGGAUUGGACUGAGUGACCUCCAUAAAGAAGGCAGAUGGAUGUGGUCUGAUGGUUGUGCAGUCAGUUUUGUCUACUGGGGUGCUGGCGAGCCAAACAACGGUGGAACAGAUGAGCACUGUGUUCACACUAAUGUGCGUGAAGUAAAGGAGUGGAAUGAUCACCAGUGUUCUCUCAAUUUAGCUUCUGUUUGUGCAACACAAAUAACCUAUGACCGAGCAGUGAAGCUCCUGAGAGGAAACUGUCCCACGUAUUGGUGGAGCUUCAACGGCCGCUGCUAUAAGUAUGUAGCUACACCAAAGAGCUGGUCUGAUGCAGAGUUCUACUGUUUGUCACAGGGAGCCCACCUGGUGUCUAUUCACAACAUGGCGGAAGAUAACUUUGUCAGAUCCUUAAUCAGGAACUCCGACCCUGAUGAGAGGGCCACCUGGAUUGGACUCAGUGACAUCCACAAUGACCGAGCAGUGAAGCUGCAGCAUGGAAACUGUCCCACGUUCUGGUGGAGCUUCAACGGCCGCUGCUAUACGUAUGUAGCUACACCGAUGAGCUGGUCCGAUGCAGAGUUCUACUGUUUGUCACAGGGAGCCAACCUGGUGUCCAUCCACAACAUGGAGGAAGAGAACUUUGUCAGAUCCUUGAUCAGGAACUUUGAUCCUGCUCAGAGAGCCUCUUGGAUUGGACUCAGUGAUGUUCACAGAGAGGGCAGAUGGAUGUGGUCUGAUGGCUCUGUGGCAGCUAUAAAAGAAAGCAGCUCCACCUCUCUGCAGAAAUCCUGUACAAAGAAGCUUCAGCAGCUCUUCAUCAAAGGUUGA